AUGGCGGACGAAGAUAAUAAUUGUGAUGAGGGUGGUGGUGAUUUGAAGGCCGGACAGGCUUUCCGCCUUCGAGGCCGCAAGGGUGCCCUGAAGAAGAAGAAUGUUUACCUGGUGAAGGAUCACAAGUUCAUGCCGAGAUUCUUCAAGCAGCCGACGUUCUGUUCUCACUGCAAGGAUUUUAUAUGCGAUGAAACCGGAGUCCCAGUUGUGGGACCUAUCAAAGUGUCUAAUGAUAUAAGUAGGUGCUUAAAUUGA